AGCUACUAAUGGAAGGACCAAUAUCUGAUCUACAACUUGACAUAGACGAUUUUUCUUCAGAUGAUGAUUUCCCACAAAUUAUUUCAGAUGCCCCAUUGAGGAACUUACCUCCUCACUUGAAUUUACAAAGGAAUAUUUCAGAGCCAACUGCUCCGAUGAUGGACCAUUUUAAUACAAAUAGGAGGAAGGACUUUCAGAGCAACAAGGAUAAAAUUCAAUUCAUGAUUGAUUAUCAAAACCAGUUAAAUAGUGAAAAUCUGAGAGCUCAUAAUAUAAAACAGGCUAUUCAAAAGCAAAACGAGGUUCUUUUAUCUAAUCCUAACUUCAAGAAGUUGAAGAAACCUAACUUGAAACUGGAAACUAGUGUUGUACUUAAAAAAUUUGGACUUGUGAACAAUGCUAAUAUACAAAAGAGAAGAAGAUCCCAAGAUGGAGUAAUAGCUGAAAAAUAAGAACAAACCUCUUGAUUUCAAUGAUAUGUUUAACCUCAAACAGAAGUUAAUUGGAAGGAAUGUUAUGAGCCCAAAGAAUGAAAUUGAAGAUAAUCAGAAAACUUUUGAUGAAGCUAGGAACAGAGGAGCUUUAUCACCAACUCUUCCUUUAGGAAAGAAUCUCUCAAAAUUCCAUAAAAGACAUGUUAAAGAAAAGGGAAAUAUUGAUCAACUUAAAAAUGAUAUGUUCAUUCUAUCUAGUGAGUUUAAAGAAGGAGCAUUCCAAACUGAUUACAUCAGGAAGAAAAUAGCUGGGAAUAAAAAGAGGGAGAAAUUUAGAAAAAGAAAUAAAAUUAAAUCUAGUGAAGUUUCAUUAACUUCUACUAACUUGGGAAACAGACUAAAAAACAAAAAUUUAUUUGUCCAAAUGCCUCAUCAAUCAAAUAAAAGUAUGAGGGAAAAUAACUCACCUUUAAGUGAUCGUGAAAAUAUUCAUCAUCAAAGAUCUCAGAACGCUCCUUCUAAAGGAAUGAAUGUGUCUGAGUCAAGGAAAUUGCCAGCAGGAAGGCUUGACUAUUAUGGUACUCUUCAGUAUCCUCUGUCUGCUCACAAUAUCAAUACCAUAAGCUCUGGGAAGACUCAGAAUUCCUUCCAGCUAUAUGAAUCUGAAGUUGAGCUAGAACUUAAUAAGGAUAUAAGGAACUUGACUCCGUCACCCCAACUAUCAGAAAGAAGUAAAGGCCCUCUAAAGAAGAGGAUGGAGACUAACAAAUAAAUGUGUCUACAUUUUCAAUAUCUUUGAUCUUUGUAAGAAAGUAAGAUCGAUGAUUAAAUAAAUACAUUUUGCGUUACAACAAGAAGCUCGAGAAAAUCGAAUCAGAUCAAAUAAGCCAAGCAAGAUUGAGAGAUCGAAAAAUAUUUGAUGAAGCGAGAGAAGAAUUAGAGAUGAAAAGAUCCUUCUUAGAAAAAGUUCAGGCUUCCUCUAAAGCAUACUGCGAAAAGAAGAAAAAUAGCAAUAAUGAUAAUAUUAAUUGUAGAAAUUUAAGCAAUAUGAGAUCUAAUAAAUUGACAAAAGAUGACAUCAAGUUCAUCGAUAAGCAGUUGCUCACACUUAAUGAAUAUCCUCUUGAAUUUAAGGACAUAAUCUAUCUAUUUGAAAGGGGAGUCGAGAAAAUUGGCAGAGAAGAUGAUCGAAAGAUAAAUAUAUUGAAAAAUUCAAUGUUUAUUGCUGGAUCAAAACUUCCCCGAAAAAUGAAGAAAAAGUUAUCUAGCACUUCCCAUGUUACAAAGAAAAAGAAAUCCAUUCAAAAACCACGGAUAAAAAGAAAUAAGUCAAGGAAGAAGCAUAAAGACUUGAGCUUUAAGGAUAAGAAGUUGAAUCUCGAAAAACCACAGUCUAUAUUUAACACAAAAUCUUCGAACUUGAGCAGUAAUAAUGAGUCAACUCGAUAUGUUGAUUAUCACAUCACAAUACAGAAAGAUGAAAAUGAGGAAUCUAAGAAUGAACAAGAACAAGGAAAUUGAAUUAAUUCAAAGAGAAACCAAGGAUCAAAUUUAUUUGACGAUUCUGAUUUGCACCUGAGUGAGCAAAGAAGUUGUUCUUCUCAAUCUACAGUUGAGAACAAACCUAUCAAUCCUAUUAAUUUUAACCAAAAUUUUGAUCCUGUGAGCAUGAAAGAUAUUAAAAGGCUGUCUGAGCAUAGUAAUAAGACGAAGGGCAGCAAUUCAAGGGUACUUGGUGCUGGAUUCAAGUUAAGCUAUAAGCCUAAAAAUAUAAAUAAGAUUAGGUCUAAUAUCGUGUCUCCAGAGUCUAAUAGAAACAGUCAGCUCACAGAUCAAAACACUAUAGAGAAUUCAAGACCUAGUUUCGUCAAUUACAGUGAAGCUAAAAGUUUUUCUCCAGAGAAAAGAGUCAAAGAAAUAAAAAAAAUUAAUCAAAAGAAGUCUAGAUCUCCAUAUCAUUCGAACGGACUAUUAAUGAAAGAACGAUCUGUCAGAUCGCCUAAAUAAAGGGGUGAGUAGAAAGAAAAACUCGAAGAAAAAUGUGAGAUUCAACAAGAUUGAAAAUAGUAAGAAGAACAUGGUCAAUCCUCACAGAGAAAAACUCUCUAAAGAUAUGAUCAAUAAAAAGGAUCUUAUACAUCGGAUAAGAAAGGGAGUUCUGAGUCCUGGGAAGAUGGGAAUAUUCCAAACAAGAUAUAAAUCACCACAAAUCAAGGAUAUAAACUACAUCACUAUGCCUAAUUUUAAGGUUGAUAGAGGUAGAAGAAAGAUAUCUAAAAUGGGUGGGCUUCAAACUAUGUUUCAGUUUGAUAAUUCAAAUCAAGGAUCUUCUACCAGAGUUCCUCAAAACCUACAUCUUAAUCGAACCUUGAACAAACAAAGAGAUACUAGAAGACUAACUAACUUCGGGCCCUCUCCUACGAGAAAAAUGGUAAUAAACCACCCAAUCCUAAAGAAACAGACCAUGAACACUGAACUCCUCAAAAACCUAGACAACGAAAGAAACCCCCAUUCUAACCCCAACACAUUUUUCGAAGUAAUCCCAGAAGAAUCUCAGAACAAAAAAUCUGCCAAGAAGAACAAGCACUGAAAUCCCUCUAAUUACUCCUAAAUAUUCCUUGACUUCCACCUUCCUCUUAACCUCGUUUACACUGGGCUCUUGGGCUCCUAAAGGGAGGAAUAGGGA